AUGCGCUCUCUUCUUGUACUUUCUGGUCUCUCUGCAGCUGUCAUCGCCCAGACAAUCUCGGGCAAGUUUGAUUGCUUGCCCGCGGGCAACUUCAACCUUUGCCAGAACCUUUGGGGCGCGAAUGCUGGAGUCGGAGGCCAGAACUCAACACUAAUCAGUGCAUCGGGAAACACUGUCUCCUGGGAGACCCAAUGGACUUGGGCUAACAAUGAGAACAGCGUUAAGAGCUACGCAAACGUUGAGUCAUUGACUGCGAAGGGUGUUCAGUUGUCAAACGUUGCAUCUGCUCCGACAAGCUGGAGCUGGACGUACAAGACGCAGUCCGAAGGUAUACGCGCUGAUGUCUCUUACGAUAUCUGGUUCGGCCAGGCGUCGUCUGGUACUCCGGCGUCUUCGGCAUCGUCAUACGAAAUCAUGAUCUGGCUUUCCGGGAAAGGAGGCAUUCAACCAGUUGGUUCUCAGUCCGUGACGGGAAUCAACCUUGCGGGACACAAUUGGAAUCUUUGGAAGGGACCGAAUUCCAACUGGGAGGUGUUGUCGUUCGUCAGCGCCGAUGGCGACAUUACGGAUUUCAACGCCGAUCUUAACGAAUUCUUCACUUAUCUCACUGAAAACCAAGGGGUGUCUCCAAGCCAGUUCCUGCAAUCAAUUCAGACCGGCACUGAACCAUUUACCGGUAACGCCGACUUGCUCAUCAACAGCUACUCAGUUUCAGUCACAUCGAAGUAA